UUCAAAGACCAGUAACCCAUGCAAAUCACCGGAAUCUCUCAAGACUUUGGCAAAUCGGAACACCUAUAAUAGAUACAUCAAGAAUGAGAAUAAACAAAAGAAGCUACAAAUGUCCCCACUGUGACUUCAUUUGCCAGCACUCACAGAAACUGCAACGGCACUUUCGCCUAGUUCAUGAAAAUCGGCAGGAUGUAAUGGCCGAUUCCUCUACGAGAACUAAGUGCUUAGUGUGCUCGCAUGUUGCAACUAGUGCUCAGGAACUAGAAACCCAUCAGAAAGCUCAUCAUCUGAAAAGACGUUUCUUUCGAUGCGUUAAGUGUUCUUAUGUGACACACGUGCGUGCCCGUUAUACUAAACACGUCAAGUACCAUUCCAUGCCAUUGAUCAAGUGCAACUCCUGCGAUUUUCGUACGCCGUACAAGUGGAAUUUGGACAGGCAUACGCGUAACCACGGAGGUGAUGGAGCCUUCCAAUGCCACGCAUGUAACUUCACAGCCGACAUUCGUCAGAGCCUUACUGUUCACGAAACGAAUCAUCAUGAGCCACCGAUAGGGCAGCCCCAUCGCAAAGUAAAUACUUCUUUUGAGCGAAACCCACGCAACAGUCUGAAGCGUUAUAAUCAGGUUGGUGCGAGUGAUUUUCGAAAUAAUUCCGAGUCACCUGGAAGUUCAUCUCCAGGGAAGGACUCUAUCGGACAGGUGAUAAAUAUGCCAGAAAUGAGUGAGAGCACAUCGGAGGCUGAAUGCAUCGCACUUAAGUGCGAGGAAAAAGGCUGCCAGUUUAUAACAGCAUGGGAUUCUGAGAUGCAGCGACAUUUAAUGGAAUCUCACGCACCCAACGUCACCAAUAAGCCCAAAAAGCCAUUGCCAAAGUUGAUACCACUGGACAAUACCGAUAACGCCCAGCGAAAUGAUGGAUCGAUUAAGGACUCUCCUGGAAUCUUAUUGCAAGUGCCGAAAGUACGCGUCAGACCGGAACUCGCCCACAUUUCAAAGGACAUGGAAACAUCCGUCGUCCAGGGACGUAAAGAGGUUAUCGAGCUGAAGAGGGAAUCCGGGGAUUCCUUCGAGAAAAGGAACGCCUCCUUCUUCGACAAGCUAAAGGAAAGGUUGAUGCUGGCUUCAACGUCGCCGGACAACGGGACGACGAAGGUGUCUCUGGGCAGCGUGAACGACUUAAAGUGUUGGUGCACUUUCGAGGCGAGCAACUUUGAGGAGCUGGCCAAUCAUAAACGAUCUCAUCACGCCGCUCUGAGUGUCUCCGUGAGCACGUCUCGUUGUCCGAAGUGUCGGAGACGAUGCAAGAGCUCGGUGGACCUCCAAGUGCACAUGCGGCUUUGCCACUCGGGAUCCGGAGAUGCAUCAGGGUCCACGGAUAACGAUCCGUGGAGCAAAGAAUACCGCGCCGACUAUGCCCAUCCGUUCCAAGUGGACUGGGAGGCAAACUACGGAGGCUUCGGUUCGUCGGGUCCCCUGGUUGAGGACGGGCCGACGAAUUUGAGCACCCGCCGGGUGUUCAAAUGCCCCCACUGUCCGUUCUGGGCCUCCACUGCGAGUCGAUUUCACGUACACAUUGUGGGCCACUUAAACCGAAAGCCCUUCGAAUGUUCCCUUUGUGCGUACCGGUCUAACUGGCGGUGGGAUAUUACCAAACAUAUCAAACUCAAGGCGGCUAGGGACCCGGCGCAUACGGCGGCCAGAGUCCUCAUGACCGACGAGACCGGACGACGAAACUAUUCCAAGUACAACAAGUACCUUGCGGAGAUCGAGCAGCAAGCAACCGACGAGAGAAUUUCUGAGAAUCAAACUAUGGAGGACAUCGGCAUAGAGGAACCUCCAUCGAAGGUAUUGAUCGUCAGCAACUCGAAAAAGUAUUCAAGAUCCAUAGAACUCGCAGCAGCUUCCACAUCUUCCGACUCCAAACACCUUUCUUCGGGAUCGAGUCUACCUUACAGACCGGUUCCGUCGCUGAAGACUGCUACGCGAAGUCAAGGGCAAUCCUUGCUGAAGUCUAGUCCCUCUUCUGGGGCUCAGGUGGCCAUCGGACACGUACCUACGUCUACGCCGAAGAAGAAUAUUAAUUCCGUUAAUUCUGGUAGCUCUAGCAGUUCCGGUAAUUCCAGUAACUCGAGUAAUUCCGGCGUCGACAACAACGUCGCCUCUACAUCGGUGAUACUGAGCAGCGAUAUACCGGCUGCUUCUGCAAACGCUGGGUCGCUCUCUUCGACCUCUGGUACAAUUACCGUCACUUCAGGUUCUUCGGCAUCUUCCACGCUAUCCCCGAUCACGAUUGCCGUAGAGAACACCAAACGGACCUUGUGGAAGUGCAAACGUUGCAACUUUCGGGACUCCAACAAGGAGAACGUGCUUUUUCACGUGAAGUCACAUUAUGAAUCCGUGGACCAAGCCGCAGAUUCUGGAAAGAAUGCGUUUGGAUGCGGCGAUUGCCCGUUCUCCGCGCCAGACUCGGCGGCAUUGGCUCUUCAUCGAGUUCAUCAUCGUCCGAACUUAGAGGCCAUAUUCAAGUGUUACCUCUGCCCCUAUUAUGUCAGCACCAAAGCCGAAUUGCUGGAGCACGCCAGACUUCACGGCGAGGAAUUGGCCGUGGUUCACCAGCAGAACGUGGACUCCGAUUUAUCCGUGGUCACUAGGAAGCUUCAACAGAACUCAGAGAAAGACGGGUCCAAGGACGACUUUCAGUUGGAGCAGCUGGAGCAAUUGCCGGUACCAACCGCUUCUACUUCGGGAUCGUCAAAAUCUACCGACGCGCCACCGCCACUUCUGUUGGAUACUCGAUCUCUGCCGGAUGCUCCUCUGGUUUGGGUCUCUCGACCCGAUGGGACUCUCGUUAAGAUGCUGAAAUGUCGGCACUGUCCUCACCUGAGUCUACGAAGAGCCGAGGUGCGGGACCACGAGAGCAUGCACGUGAACGCCCCGAAUCAUGGCUCGCCCUUGGCGUGCCCGGAUUGCAGUUUCACCUGCACCAGGAGGGACGUGUUGAAGUCGCACGCCGAGAUGCACACCGGAUCCCUGGGCACGGUUCAUUGCCUCGUGGAUGAGAACCGGUCCGACGCGCAGCAGCUCAGCGAUUUGGCCACCCUUUUGGAACUGCCGCGACCUCCUCCUUUAGGAAGCGAGCCCGACCUGAGGGACACCCGACUCGUACACUGCUGCGGCAAGUGUCCAGCUCGUUUCUUGUGCGAGAAGGAGUUGAGGAUCCACCUGCGGUAUCACUCGACCGAGCUGGCCUACUCCUGCGAAUGGUGCUCCUACGCCGCUAGACAACCCGCUCAUCUCCUGGCUCACCAGAAAGCGCAUUCCGCGGAAUAUCAACAGCGCACUCAGUAUCUGUUGUCGCUCUAUGGCUAUUCUCAGAGGUAUCCUCCCCCCACGACUGCUUGCAUCGAGUCGACGAAUAACGAGGACCCAGAAAACGGCCCUGCAGGGACCGCCUGGAUUGUCGUCGAGGCUCAGUCUGCUGCGGACCAUGUUUUAGGCUUCAAAUUCGGCGACACCUCUGAACGCGAGAACGAAGGUCACGUCUUUACGUGCGCCAAGUGCCCUGCUCGUUAUUUCAAGCUCGACGCGCUGGAGUAUCACACGACUCUUCACGGGUCGAAUAAUAGAUUCAAGUGCACCGAGUGUGACUAUUCCUCGAAGACUGCGCAGAAUCUACUGAAGCAUCAGGUGGUGCACCGACGGUUCGCUGAGACCACCGAAGCCACGUCCUCGCGAUUCCCUUCGGGGUCGGAUACGCAAUUCGAUGUUUUGAUGAGAGGUAAUCCCAAUUUUGUGUAUCCUGGGUACCUGAAGAAUGGCAAGUUGAAGGAGAAGAGGUACAAGUGCCAUAAGUGUCCCUCGGCAUUUGAGAAACGGGAACAGUACAGGGUGCACUUGACCUUGCAUGGUGCCAAACAGAGGUAUCGCUGCAACACCUGCGACUAUUCGGUCAAGUAUUAUGCUAAUUAUAUCCAGCACCUGAAGAAGCACCAGGCAAAUGCCCAGGCUCAGGCUUCGCAUCGCCAGUUCGAGGACGAUUCCAUUACCAUCGAUGUCGAGAGUGCUUCGGAUAAUUUUACUUCAGUGUCGAGACCUGGGAAGACCUUGACGAGGACCUUGGCUCCUUCGACCAGUGGUGACGAUCAUGCCUCGAGUGUCAGUGGCAGUGUUCACGGGUCCAACCAAGAUAGGCAGUCAAUGUUGCUGAUGCAGAAGAAGGGAAUCUUGGUGGCCUCGAAUCAUUCCGAACCUGUGAUGAUUCGCUGUCAGGAUUGCCCCUUUUCCUGUGCCGAUAAGGAGACUAUGGACGCUCACAAACGUCGCCAUGGCAUCGAGAGAAUGACUCCUCCGUGUCCUCACUGCGAUUAUGUACCCCGCAAGGAUGAAAACAUUGGCGAGCACAUUCGCCUGCACUUUACAAGGCUUUACAAGCCGGAAUCCUAUUUAAUCGUUGAAUUGUUGACACUGACCAUGCGUAAGGUAUUUGCUAACGAGAAGCAGGACGUGGAAAAGGGAUUCGAGCUGCUCUUUAAGGAGUGCAAGGAUGGAAUUUAUUUGCCACACCUCGAUACUAAGUCUUCGAUGAAUACAAAUAUGAGUAACCUUAGGGAAAAUGUUAUAGUGGACCCGAAUACCGGGGAGGCCAAGCAUCAUAUGUCAGACUAGGUGUGAUUUCGCAAGGGAAGUGAACACGCAUUUAAAAACAUGAAAGCUAUCUAACGUUUUGUUCAGUGUUAGACGGAAUAUGUUGUCAAUGAGGGUUUUUUUCUGUAAAACCUAUUGCUCGGUGUAGUGCAUUAUUGGAACAAUUAACUGCUUGAUCAAAAUAAUUCACCUUUGACAAAUGUGUGCAUCCAUAGGGGAGAUGUUAUCGUUAUUUCCAUACUUUGGGACGGCCAAUCUUCAACGUACUGGUUUAGGGGCAAUGUUAUACAUGUUCAUUUCCAGUCAGAACUGUACAAGUUUAAUAUCGUCUUCUGUGCAUUCAUAGUGACAAAGAUUUCUUGGAACAAAUUUUUGUUUUCUAUUUAAAUGACGAGAUUAAUUUGUUUUUGAUGGAAAAAGUGGAUAAAGGAACAUUUAAGCGUUUGCGUUUCCUUUCAUGACAUUGUAACCGGAGGACAUACUGUACUAAAUCAUUUUGCAUUGUUUGUAAAAAUACGAAGGUAUUGAAAUACUGCAAUUUAUGAAAUUGUGCAAUUUUUUAUGUUUUCUAAUUUAUACAAAUUGCAUUUCAUUAAAUUACUGGGAACAGUCAGUUUCCUAGAUUUUUCAUUUUUUUUUUCAUACACUUGCAUUUCAUAACAAAGUUAAUUUAAUACAAGUUGAUUGCUUAAAAUAUUUGUGAGUUGGUUUUUCUGUAUUCACUUAAAACGGUAAAUGACCCAAAGGUCAGAAGAAAAUACAUAUAUAAGGAAAAUGUUCCAGUAGCUGAUAUUUCCUGAAAGAUUAAAGUCUGUCAAAAUAACUGCCAAAAGGACGAUUUGUCAUUAUAUUUAUAAUAAUAUUCUUUAGUUAUUAAGUUACUUGUAUCACUCUUUCUUAUAUUGUUUAUACAUAAAUAAAUCUAUUUUUACUUAUAGGUAGCAUAUGCAUUAACAAAUUUUAAUAAUGACGUAAGAAUUAUUGCAAUGUGUCUAAACAAUAUAAAGUGACAGCUUUUUGUUUUAUAAAUGUUCUCUGAAGUAUGGGUUUUGAUCAAACAUCAAGUCAGAUUGUCCGAUUUGUUAAUUAUGGUUUUUGGUUUUUGCAGCAGAUGUCAAUGACUGGGACAUUUAUCUAUAAUUUAUUCAUGUACAUAAAAGGUGAAACCAGCAUCCUAAAUAUCAUAUAACUUGUAUAAAUACACAUACAUGUCGAAGCUAUUACUUGAAGCUACAAUUAUGUAUGAUACAAUAACUGAUAUUCAGUAAAGCCAUUUUUGCAUUGUAUAUUUAUUCACGUAUCUGGUAUACUUGUAAUAAUUAUUAUUGGCCAGCUUGAUCUUCUGUAUCGGCUUUCUUCUGAACAGUACCAUUUUUCAAUGCAAUUAUCUGUUAUUUUUAAUA